GGCGCGCGUCAUUUCCGGCGCGCCGCUCCCCGCCAUGGCUCCCGGUGUCGCCCGCAGCGUCUCGGUGCUCCCGGAGCCGGGCCCGGCCCUGGCGCGGUUCGUGGCCCAGCGGGCGGCGGCGGCCGGUGGCGGCCGCUUCGCGUUGGGGCUGUCGGGAGGGAGCCUGGUGGAGCUGCUCACCCGCCACCUGCCUCCCGCCAUCGCGGCGGGCCCCGCCGCGCCCGCCCGCUGGCUCCUGGCGUUCUGCGACGAGCGCCUGGUGCCGCCGGAGCACCCCGAGAGCACCGCCGGUGCCUACCAGGCCCGGCUGCUGCCGCGCCUGCCCGGCCCCGGCCCGCGGGUGCUGGCCCCAAGCCCCGGCCUGGCCCCCGCCGCCGCCGCCGCCGACUACGCCGCGAAGCUCCGCCAGGCUUUCCCGGGGGAGGACGUGCCCGUGUUUGACUUGCUGGUGCUGGGGGUCGGGCCGGAUGGACACACUUGCUCCCUCUUCCCCGGCCACCCCUUGCUCCAGGAGAAGGAGACCAUAGUUGCUGCUAUCACUGACUCCCCGAAGCCGCCGCCGGAGCGCAUCACGUUCACACUGCCAGUGCUGAACGCGGCGCGAGCCGUUGUGUUCGUGGCCUCGGGUGAAGGCAAAGCUGCUGUUGUCAAGCGCAUUUUGGAAGGGGAUGAGGAAAACCCCCUUCCCGCUGCUCGAGUCCAGCCUCACUCGGGGCAGCUCUGCUGGAUCCUGGAUGAGGCAGCAGCCAAGGAGCUGACGAUCCCGGUGGAGAAACAUUCCAUCCCAUAGAGCCGAUGGGUGUAGGGGGGGGUCAGCUCUGUGACAUUCCAGCAGGAAGAAGGUGCAACAGGGGUGAGAUGAGGGGCAAAAUCCUGGCUCCCCUGCAUGGAUCCUGGCUCCUUGGGGUACCCGGAUGCUCAUCCAGAGGCCAGGGCAAGCCAAGGAGCUGGAGGUGAGGCUGUUUGAGCCUGAGACAGGCUGCGGGAGCCGGGGGGGGGAACUCCACUGCGGAAAACGGGCUGAAACAAGCAGGUUUUAGUCCAGCAAGAAACGCUCCCUCCUUCCCUCAGUGCCCGCAGCUUGGCACUGGGGCCGGGUCUCUGCAGAAAGGAGCUUUUCAUCCAAGCUCCACUGGCUCCAGCUGCCAAACCGCAGCCCGAUCCCAGCCAGCAUCCCAAAAACCCUCUUCCAAACGUGCUGUUUCGGGUUAUCCCGGCUCUUUCGGGCCUUUUGGCUGUUUCCCGGAGCGUUCCCCGUUCUUUCUAUUCCCUUUGCUUGCCAGCCAAAGGCUGGAUCGAUUCCUCCCAUAGCGAGUCCCAGGGGGGUGUUUUGGAGGUGAAGGGUGCUCUGCCACAGGGAAAACAGGCUCCUCUGGCACCCAAGGGUGCUGCUGUAGCCUCUGCUCGUGCUCUGCUUGAGUUUUGGGGCACUUGACCCAAUUCCUGUCAAUCCUAACGUGCUGGGAAUGCCGCUGCCCCGCUCUCCCCUCUGCUGCUGCAGUACAAGAGCUUCGUGUUCACCAGCUUCAGCUGGAAUAGAGUUAGGAAGAGACAUUCCAGGCUGUUGGCAAAGCUGAAGGGGCUGCGUUCCCUGCAGGAACGCCAGGCUGGAAUAGCCCUGCUCCAAACACUUCCCAUUGCCAGGUUCUCACUGCUGCUUUUCCAGAUGUGGCAGAGAUCCUGGGGAUUGGAAGCCGUAAAACAGUGAUUUCCAUGUUUGUCCAUCCCAGCAUCAGCCCAGAUGUUGCCCUUUGCCUGUUCCAGCAUCCCAAAACUCAGCUAUUCCUGGCACUUUUCUUUCCCUCCCCCUCGCUGGCCGGAGCAGCCAAAGCUCCCUCAGGAGCUCAUUUUCCAGGCCUGAUGUCAUGGGAGGGCUGCGGGUUCGCUGCUGCCUUUUCCAGCCGGGAACAAGGGAGCUUUGAGGGGCAGGAUGCAGCCGCCCUCCGUAAACAUGGAGCUAAAUCCAGGCUGAAGGCUCCGGGUUGGGUGUUGGGAAGCUCAAUUUUGAGGGUUUUUGACUUGGAAGUAGGAUUUUGAAGGUGAAAGACUUGAAAUUUGGAGGGGAAAUGCUUGAAAGUAACGUUUGGGAGGGAAAACUGCUGGAAUUUGGGAGGGAAAAGACUUGAAAGUGGAAUUUUAAAGGUAAAAGUCCUUGAAAAUGUGACAUUUUGAAGGUAAAAUACGUGCUGCUCCUUCGUGACACCCGCCCGGUGUCACCCCGCUGGUCAGCGGAGCUGUGCCUGGCCGCAAGGGAUGGAUCCAACCGGAUCCUAUUGGAGUGAUGGGAACUGGUGUGGAGUGUGCCUGG